AUGGCCAAGUGGCUGAAAGAUUACUUGAGUUUUGGGAGCAGGAGGUCUCCUCCACAGCCCCCCAAGCCCGACUACACGGAGAGUGAGAUUUUAAAGGCUUACAGAGCGCAGAAGAGCCUGGAUUUUGAGGAUCCCUAUGAAGACAGUGACAAUAAACUGGAGCCGGAUCCUGGGGGGUCGGGCUCCCCAAAUACGGCAGCUGCUGGUGGCUGUGCGGAAGGGAAAUACACCUCCCCAAAACACAGGCUUAUCAAAGUGGAGUCCAAAGCUCUGUUGGCGACGGCUGCUGAGGAACUCAAAGGCGGUCCAGGGCAGGAGGGCGAUGGCGACAGCGAGUACUCCGACCCCUUCGAUGCCCGCCGGGAGCAGCCAGGGGACGCCGAGGAGAUGGUGCCGGAGAACAACGGCUACAUGGAGCCCUACGACGCCCAGCGGGUGGUGGCAGAUCUCCAGGGCAAAGGCGACUGGGAGGGCCGGUGGGGGAAGAAGUGCCAGCAGGGGCUGCAGCUUUACGACACCCCCUAUGAAGAGCAGGAGCGAGACCCCGAGGGCGGCCCGGCCAGCCCGGCCCGCGAGAGCCGCCUGCCCCAAGACGACGAGCGGCCGGCGGACGAGUACGAUCAGCCCUGGGAGUGGAAGAAAGACCACAUCUCCCGGGCCUUUGCAGUGCAGUUCGAGAACCCCGACUGGGAGCGCCCCUCCUCCCUGAACAAAGAGCGCCGUCGGCCCCCGGAGCGCAGCCCCCCCGUGGCCGAGCGCGUGGACCCCUCGCUGCCACUGGAGAAGCAGGUGUGGUACCACGGCUCCAUCAGCAGAGCGGACGCCGAGACCCUGCUGACUCUGUGCAAAGAAGGCAGCUACCUGGUGCGGAACAGCGAAACCAGCCACCAUGACUACUCCCUGUCGCUCAGGAGCAGCCAGGGCUUCAUGCACAUGAAGUUCACCAGGACCAGGGAGAGCAAGUAUGUGCUGGGCCAGAACAGCGCCCCCUUCGAGAGCAUCCCCGAGGUCAUCCACUACUACACGGUGCAGGAGCUGCCCGUCAAAGGGGCCGAGCAACUCUCGCUGCUGUACCCCGUCGCCGUGCAGACCCUCUGA